AUGGCAGCUGAACCGUUUGUGCUUCGGUGGGGAAUCAUGGCGACUGGAGCUAUGUCCGAAUAUUUCUGCAAGGACCUACUCACAAGCCCAGCUACACGCAACGUCAGCGAUGUUGCACAUGAAAUCACCGCAGUCUCGUCAUCCAGAGACCCCAAGAGAGCUUAUGAAUUUCUUCGUCGAAUCGAUCAUCCUUCGCCAGCUGGUGUUGCAACAUACGGUUCAUACGCAGCCCUCGUUGAAGACCCUAACGUCGAUAUCAUUUAUAUCGCAACUCCGCAUAGCCAUCACUUCCAGAACGCCAUGCUUGCCUUGCAGGCAGGAAAGAAUGUUCUUUGUGAGAAGGCUCUGACAGUCACUGCGGAGCAAGCUCGGCUACUGUUUGCAACGGCUCUUGAAAAGAAGCUUUUUUUCUUGGAGGGCGUUUGGACGCGGUUCUUCCCACUGAGCACGAAGAUCCGCCAGCUCGUAAGCAGCGGGACCAUAGGCAAGGUAUACCGUGUUACUGCAGAUUUAUCCCGCGCGAGUAGCAGCCAGGAACCCGGAAGCACUAAUCUCGACUUUGAUGACUCUCACAGGAUGGUCAAUCCCCAAUUGGCUGGUGGUGUGCUGCUUGCCCUGGGUAUCUACUCGCUCACUUGGAUCUUUCAGAUUCUCUACCAUCUGCAAGUUGAAGCCGAAAAGGAAGAGCCACAAAUACUGUCUGCGGUUCAUAAAUACACCACGGGGAUUGACGAGUCAGCCGCCAUCAUCCUUACUUUCCCCAAGCAUGGGACAACGGGCAUAGCCACUUCGUCGCUCCGGGUUGCGACCGACUGUGGGGACUCUUGGAAUCCAGCAGUACGGAUUCAAGGCUCAGCUGGUGAAAUCCAAGUUGAGCAUCCGGCUUACAAGCCAUCUUCAUUCAAGAUGAUCAAAAAAAUGGGCGAUGGUGCCGGCGUAGAGAUGUUUGAAUGUCCGCAGCCGCAAGAUACAAUCAGGAAUUGGGGCAACGGAACAUAUUGGGAGGCAGACGAGAGUGCACGCUGUAUCAGAGAUGGUGAACUAGAGAGUGGAGUUAUGCCAUGGUCAGAAAGCGUCCUCAUCAUGGAAACCAUGGAACAUGUGUUGCGGGAGGCGGGAAUCACAUAUCCUGACUUCAUAUCUAGCCACGAAUUCGACGGGCUCAGUCCACUCAACACAGGUCACUGA